CAGUUUGAGCUUGGAUCGCGAACAGAGCAGUCGUGUCGAUCAGUGAUCCGGGAACUAGACGCGUUGGUGAUAAAGAAGGAAAAGCGUCGGCCACUUUGUAAAAUCUGAUAGUUCACAGUCACAGUAUAUAUUGACUGAUAUUACAUUGAGAAAUCUGUGCGCCAAGUGAAAAGCGUCGGGAAAUCUGUGGAAAAGCGAGUGCCACAACCUCGGAAGGAAGUACCAGGUCAUGAGGCUACUCAAGUGCUCCGUGUUUGUGUUUCUGUUCCUGAUCUUCGACGCCGGCCAUGCCUUCAGCAUCAUUGGCGUCAACAAACAGAUGCUCUACGAGUACGAGGGCAACGUCCUGGUGGGUGCGAAGCCCCAGGACGAGGGCCACCAGGCGCCACCCACCACCGGAUGGAUUGUGCGGGGCAAGCUGACGCUCCAGCGACAAAGCGAGCUGGUCUUGGCUGCGGCGCUGGUCAUAGACGACGUAACGCUGAACAACUCCGGCGAGAAGUUCCUGCAGAACAAGGAAAUGUACCCGCCCUAUAAGCCCUUCAAGAUCGCCCUCACCAAGGACGGCAAUAUCUCACAUGUGGUCUUUAAGGAAGGCGACCCCAUAUGGAGCAUGAACUUCAAGCGGGCCAUCGCAUCGGUUCUGCAGUUCCAGAUGAAGUCCAGUGGGGCCUUCGUCGUGGAUGAGCUGGGUAUUCACGGUACCUGCCGCACGGAGUACUUUGUGUCCAACAGAACAAACUACAUCUCCAUCCGAAAAACGCCAGAGGUUAAGACCUGCACGCCGUACUCGGAGGCGGUUCACACUACCCGCAGCAACGUGCCGCCCAAUACGUGCGAGUUCGAUCACCAGAAAAGCGUGAUUAUUGGCAAUGAGGCCAUUUACGGGAUGUCCCCCCACAACGAGACGGGUUACUAUCUGAGUAUGGCCCAUGCCAAGGGCACAACCCUGAUCCACACGUUCGAAUCCACGGGUGAAGCACAAUUCAUAAACUCAGAGUUACUCCUUAACUUCCUUAACGAGACGCCAAUCGACAAUCCCAUCGAUAUUGAAACCUCCAUGGCGGCAGAGCCCUCUAACCUGGAACUGCAGCGGCUGGAUCCAAAUGAUCCCACUGGAGGACGAAGCCCGCAGCAGCAGGAGACUCUGAUUGCCCAGGCGGGAACACUCCUAGACAGUCUGGCCGAAGCCCUCGAGACUACGGAAUUCAAGUUCUCUGAACCCUACGACUCAACUCUUUCUGACGUGAUCAAGCUUCUCAGCGAGAUGGACUUUGAUUCACUUACUAAGCUCUAUCGGGAGGUGGACAUUGGCACCUCCUAUCGCCAGGAGACCAUUCGCAACAUCUUUCAUGAAAUCAUUCCCCGCAUUGGAACUAAAGCCUCCGUUUUCCUGACCCACCAUCUGGUGCUGAACAAGUUGACUAAGCCGCAAAUCGCUGUGCAAUUGCUGAUACCCAUGCCAUUCCACAUAUUUGAGCUCUCGGCGGAGUUGGUGCAAAAGUGCGAGGACUUCCUCAAUAUCGGACCCGAUCGCCCGGAUGUGCGGCAGGCCGCUAUCCUAAGCUUUGCCACCCUCAUCCACAAUGUCUAUGUGGCCAAGGGCAUCGAUAGGGAAAAGUUCGAGGAGUACGUCCAGAAGUACUUUAAUGCCUAUCUCAGCGAUCGUGACUUCGACCAGAAGAUGUUGUAUCUGCAGGGUCUUAACAACUUGCAACUGGGAAACGUGGCCAACUAUCUGGAGCCCAUUGUCCAGGACCCCAACGAGCACGAGGACCUGAAGUUCCAGGCCGCCUGGACGACCCUGGCACUGGCGGAUCGACGAGCGGAGCGCAUAUACGAGGUCUACUGGCCGAUCUUCGAGUCGAGAAAUGCCAGCCUAGAACUUCGUGUGGCAGCGGUUACUCUGCUCUUGAUUUCCAACCCCACGGCCGCCCGUCUCAUUAGCAUACAUCGCAUCAUUCAAAGCGAGACGGACCCUCACAUGAUCAACUACUACCGGACGACGGUGACGAGUAUUUCGGAGACAACAUAUCCCUGCUACCAGCACCUACGGCGUCUGCUAUCCUACAUGCAUCGCCAUCUGCCCCAGAAGCCAGAGUCACGCUACUGGGUCACCGGUAACUACAUCUUUGACUAUCGCGAUUCCAAGUUCGGCAUCGGAGCAAUGCUUCAGGUCUUCCUCGUUGGCGAUCCAAAGUCGGACAUGCCAGUGGUGGCCUUCUUCAAAUUCGACACCGAAGCCCUAGGCAAAUUCACAGGUCAAUUGGCGCUAUACAUCAAGGCACGUGGCUUGCCAGAUACCAUCCUGAACAAGAUGCAAUCGCAAAAUGGCAGCGAUCCGUUCACCUUUAAGAGCAUUAAGGCGCUACUUGCCAUGCUGCAGGCUCCGAUCAUCAACUCGAAGGACCUGCAUCUGGAGUUCAUCCUUCAAAUGGAGGGUAAGACGGUGCUGUCUUACUAUCUCAACCAGCGGAUGUUCCGGCAGCUGACCUACGACAACAUUCUGGAAAGAAUGCAGCAAAUCAUCCGAACGGACAGUCACAUCAACAUGCAGACGGUUCGUUGGCCCUUCAUGAAUCGCUACACGGUGCCGACGGUGCUGGGAACCUCCUCCGACGUCCUGCUCCAGACCACCGUUCUCACCUCGCUGCGUGGCAAUAUAACCGAGCAACGCAACUCGCCAAUAACCAAGCACACACUGGAGAUUGAUGCUCGGUACUCUUCAUACGCCUCGGUACGCAGUCGCAGCUACAAUCCGUUCCUGAACCUCGACCACGAGAUCAACCGGGAACAGGGCUUCCUCAUCUACAUCCCCUUCAGCAGCGAACUGCAUCUCAACGAGAGUGGCAGUAAGUGCAGGCGCUACUCCUUCUCCCGGCCCCAAAACUUGACCAGCGGCCUGUCCUUCAAAUCGCGUGCGGUGACCAAGACCAGGGGUUUGAUCACCAAGACAGCGGCGGCGCCUUUCGAGGAGAUCAUGGUCCCCGAGGGUCGGAACGAUGUGUCUAGCUCCCAGGUUCAACUAUUUAGCUACCCAAUGCCGGAUUUGGGCGUCCGACUGAGCAUGACCACCAAUCUUAACGAGCUAAUCAAGUACAGGGGCAUGCUCCUAAAGUCCGAAUUCACCGAGAAUGGAUUCUCCGGCAACAUGGUGGUCACCGCUUUGAUGUAUAUAUUCGGCUUCACCCAGCUUAGCUCCAUUCACCUGGGACAUGACCGCAACUUUACGAUGCUUAUGUACAACGAGAAGACCACCAGAAUUGAGGGUAACUUUUGUGCCGAAGACGUGUUAAAGACGUCGGACCUGAAAGGCAAGCAGAUUGGUCUCACACUGGAGCACACGGACCACAUGGACGAAAAUCAUGCUGCGGAUGCACUCCAUCGGUGGAACAUUACCCUAGACGUACAGGCAUCGACCAAGUCCAACUGGUUCAAGCUGACCGGCCAGGUUCAGCGAAAUUCAAAGGACGACGAGGACGACUGGAAGGCCUGCACCAAGUUGACCUAUGAACCGCUGGUGUUUACCAAGCGACCCCACACUCUCAAUGGCGAUGUGGUGUUCGGCCUGGCCACAGAGGAGAGCGAGUGCCCGGAGAAGGGUUCCACGGUGCAGUUUGCGGCUAGAGCUGGUCCCUCGGAGCACGCCCGUGCCUUCCUGCGCUCCGACAAGAUCUCGCUGACGGACACCGACUUCUGUCCCAAGGAGGUACUUAAGUUCUCGCCCAUCCCCACUUCCAAGUAUUGCAAGCGUAGCAACUUUGAAAACUUCACCUCGAUCACACAAUACGACAUGGACCUGAAGUUUAAUAAUAUGCCCGCCUGGUUCGAGCUGUGGUCGAAUCGACUGGACCACUUAGUGUCCGCCUUAUCAGCCGACAAAGUGGACAGUCUGCAUAUGAGUCAGGAGAUAAAUAUUUCAAUGCAAACUCCUCAGGACCAGUUCAGGUUGGCAGUAGAAGUCAACGGAGUGAAGUGGCGCUUCCAUCAGAUCCCUUUCUUCUACAAACUGGACUCAAAGUUCGACGCUUCCCACGAGUUCACCUUCGACUCAGGUCUUAAGCGCUCCUGCUCUGUUAUCAAUGGCGUGGUCAAUACCUUCGAUGAUUACUUAAUCAAUCUUAGAGAGAUUGCGGUGCGUCCCGAUUGCCUCACUCUGCUGGUGGCUGACUGUUCGCCAUUGCCCCAGAUUGCCGUGUUUGUUACGCCUUCGCCUGCACAAGGAAUGUCCAACAACUAUGGAUUACGAAUCCAUAUCGGGCAAAACUACUUCAAUUUCCGCGCCCGCACAGACAACAGCAGCCUGCCCUCAGACGAACCGGUGCUCAUAUAUCUGAACCAGGAUCAAACACCGCACGACGUGCGCAAGAAGCCCUAUCAAUGGCCAACGGAGACUAGUGACUACGACUUCCGCGUGGAACUGAACGAGCAAAAUAUUUUAAUUGUGGAGUGUGCGCAGCUGUCCUCCACCAUCCAGUUCGAUCUGUACAACAUCCUGAACUUUGAGAUAUACGGUGUUUACAAGCACCAGAUGUGUGGGCUGUGCAGCAAGCCCCUAAACCGCAUGCAGAAUUAUACGAUCUGCGAGCUGGAGGCAAGCACUCCAACUCCUGUGCCGCUGCAGAAUUCCUCCGAUGUAGUUGUAGUUGCAUAAAUAUAAUAUGUGAGUUUAAUCUAAAAUAAAAAAAGAGCCCAGAAAAGGGAGAACAUGCAAGUCCCGGGGCUUUGAUUUUUAAACCGCGA